UGACAUCGCAUGGGGACAUGAACAGUGUGGAUCCAGCGUCUAACAAACUGUUGACUUUCAAUCAGCGCUCUGCCUCGGAGGACUUGGGCUGUAGGCGUGGAGACUUCAGCAGGAAACACUAUGGUUCGGUCGAGCUGCUAAUUUCCAGUGACGCAGAUGGGGCCAUUCAGAGGGCAGGACGCUUCAGGGUGGAGAAUGGCUCAUCAGAUGAGACUUUGGACUACACUCCAGGAACCUGGAGGAGAACCGAUGUCCAUCUGGAGAAUCCAGAGUACCACACCAGAUGGUUCUUUAAAUACUUCCUGGGAAAAGUCCACCAGAACUAUGUGGGUACAGAUGCAGAGAAGAAUCCCUUCUACCUGUCAGUCGUCCUCUCAGACCAGAACAACCAGCGAGUUCCUCAGUACAGAGCCAUCCUCUGGAGAAAGACGGGCACUCUGAAGAUCAGCCUCCCCUACAGCCCAACCAAAACACUAUCAGUCAAGUCCAUCCUAAGUGCAAUGAACAUGGACAGGUUUGAGAAAGGCCCCAGGGAGAUCCUCAACCCAGAGAUUCAGAAGGAUCUGCUGGUGUUGGAGGAACAGGAGGGUUCUGUCAACUUUAAAUUUGGUGUCCUGUAUGCCAAAGAUGGACAGCUCACAGAUGAUGAGAUGUUUAGCAAUGAGACGGGGAGUGAGAGCUUCGAUAAGUUUCUCAGUCUGCUGGGUGAUUCCAUUACGCUGCAGGGAUGGGCAGGUUACCGCGGAGGGCUAGACACCAAGAAUGACACUACAGGAAUUAAGUCCAUCUACACAGUGUAUCAGGGCCAUGAGCUGAUGUUCCAUGUGUCCACCAUGUUACCCUACUCUAAAGAGAACAAACAGCAGGUGGAGAGAAAGAGACAUAUUGGAAAUGACAUUGUUACCAUAGUUUUCCAGGAAGGGGAUGAUGCGUCAUCGUCCUUCAAACCGUCAAUGAUCCGAUCGCACUUCACCCAUAUUUUUGCAUUAGUUAGGUAUAAUAGCCAGAAUGACAGUUACAGGUUGAAGAUAUUCUCAGAGGAGAGUGUUCCACUGUUUGGACCCCCUCUCCCUUCUCCACCUGUAUUUACUGAUCACCAAGAAUUCAGGGACUUUUUAUUAGUCAAAUUAAUCAAUGGAGAGAAAGCCACACUGGAGACGCCAACGUUUGCCCAGAAGCGCCAGCGGACCCUUGACAUGUUGAUCCGCUCGCUCUACCAAGACCUCAUGCCUGACCUGUACAAGGUUCCUUUUUCUCCCCAGAACAUGUUGAACCGGCGGUCCUUCAGCGACGUGCUGCCUGAGUCUCCAAAGUCGGCACGCAAGAAGGAGGAGGCACGGCAAGCCGAAUUUGUCAGAAUAGGCCAGGCUCUGAAGCUGAAGACUAUUGUGAGAGGAGAUGCCCCAACUAGCCUUGUUACCACAGGCCUGUGCAGAAAAGAGCCAUGGGAGUCCCAGUCAUUCUGCAGCACUUUCCCCUAUGAGAUCGUGUGUGCUGACUCCUGGGGUCAGUCUCUGCUCGUUGCCACUGACGCAGCGGGGGUUAUGCUUCUGGAUGGCCCUGAUCCAGCUUUGCCCAACGCUGAGGCACAGGCUCUACCCCCCGUGCAGGUGUUUGACAAAACCAUCGUGUUGAAGCAGAUGCACGUUCUCGAACCUCAGGACCUGCUUAUCACCAGGGCUGACAAAGGGAAGGAUGCUCGGAUCUAUGUGUUCAGACUUGGCACGCUCAAGAAAGGCCUGGAGGAGAAGCAGCUCGUCAGAAGCAAGUGCGACAGUCGAGAGAAUAAACUAGAGAAAACUAAAGGCUGUCAUUUGUACUCUAUCAACACCCACCACGGCUCCGAGCUGAGGAUAGUAGCAGCCAUCCGGAACAAACUCCUCCUCAUCACCAGGAAACAUCCACGUUUCGAAGGCUUCAGCGCUGUCGCCACGGGGCCAGACUCACCGGUGGAGGAGUUUCAGUACAUACGGGAGAUCUGUCUGUGUGACCCACCGGUGGUGAUGGCGCUGGUGGACGGUCCGACGGGGGAAAAUGACAAUAUGAUCUGUGUUGCCUACAAACAUCAGUUUGACCUGAUCAAUGAGAGCACUGGAGAUGCCUAUCGGCUACAUCAUGUAGACGCCAACAGGGUAAAUUUUGUAGCAGCCAUUGAUGUGUACGAAGAUGGGGAGGCGGGUCUGCUGUUGUGUUACAACUAUAUUUGUUCAUAUAAGAAAGUUUGUCCGUUUAACGGCUCCACACCGAUGAUCCAGUCCAACACCUCUGACUUCCACUUCAGCUGGAACCAGAUGCCCAAUGCUAUUGUUUGUGCAUUUCCUUACAUCCUGGCCUUCACUACGGACUCCAUUGAGAUCCGACUGGUGGUCAAUGGCAACCUUGUGUACACAGCCGUGGUCCCGGAGCUACAGCUGGCUGCUUCACGGUCGGACAUCUAUUUUGUUUCGUCUGCUCCAGUGAGCUCAGCCUCCAACUGCAGUUCGAGAGACACCAGUUCCCAGAGUUCCCCGCAGACGCCCACUGGUUACGAGAUGCCCAUGUUCCCCUCGCCACUCGGUGAUGAUUCUAUACGGAUCCCAUAUGGUACCAAGCUUUCCCUGUACAUGUCUAAGGAUGCUGAAGGUGAAUCAGCAUGUAAGCACAUGUUCAAGAUCCCUCUGUGUAACUUGGUGGGCCGAAGCAUUGAAAGACCACUCAAGUCCCCACUGGUCAACAAGGUGCUGACGACGCCAGCCCCCACCAUGGUGCCCUCAACUCCCCUCAUCUCUGCUACACACUCACUUUCACUGUCCCGUAUGGAAAUCAAAGAGAUAGCCAGCCGCACAAGGAAGGAGCUGCUCGGCUUAACUGAGGAACCAAGUGGAAAGUCAGACAGUGGAACAGUCAAACAGAGGAAGAUGAGCAAGAAGAACACUGAGGAAGAGCCCAAAGCCCGAGCACUUACGUCAACAAACAGUGACAGGUUAGCCUCAGAGUCUGUUGAAACAGACCUGGACGUCCAGCUGCAUUGUUCGUCCAGUUCGGAGGCCGAGCCAGAGAAGGUUGUCCUGCGAGCGGAGAGCCCGCCUCUUGCCAGCGCGUUCGCCCUCUCCACAUCCUUUGAAGAAGAUGUCCUGGACCUAAAGUGAAGACAAUCCCAUCGUGCACUUCUCUGCCCACCCACUCCUGUACUGUCACCAUUAUUUUAUUAUUUUUUUAUUUAGUUUUGGUUGGUUUGCUUUUAAUUUGUUGUUUGUUGAAUUGUUUUUUCUUGUCUUUUUUUGUUUGUUUGUUUAUAUCCCUGUAUCUUGGGUCUCCCCAUUCAUUGGACAAGAUGGGUGCAGUGGGAGUUAGAAGAUGUGUCUGUGUACGUGUUUGUUUUCACAAGCAGUCCCUCAGCCACUGUGUCUUGGGUGUUUGUGUUGCCCCGCAGCAAAUAACCCAAAGAGGCCAUGAGGUUGUGUAAGAUGCCGUGGUUUAUUCAGAGUUCUGCAACAGCCUUGAGAUAAUGUUAACGGUUUGAUCCCAAACCACAAACUGAAUGUAAAUCUGCGCACGAGGCACGACAAAAAUCUCAUUCACAAUGCCCUCUGAAGUUGGUAGAGCUUAAUAUGUGUUGUAUAUUAUGUGAUUAUUUCCAACCCACUUUGAAUUGCUGUAUGAUAUGCAUAUGUAUGUGUACAUCUGUUUAUACAUGAAAAUGCAUACACAGUGAUGGGCGUGUAUGCCUGUCUUGCCUGUGAUGCAUAUUUAUAGAUAUAUUAUAAAAAUUAAUUUUAUUCCCAGAUUUAGUAAAAGUAUGAUGUUUUAUGCUCUCUGCACAUAUUAGUCCUUAUUCCUCUCCCUAUUCACAGUAGACAGGGCUGGAGGCUGGAAGUCUCCCACAAGUGCCAUUUCCCAGCAUCCUCCACUGAACUACACCUCUAACAGCACUAUACUCUGGUGUCUGACAGUAGCAGCCAUGAUUGUAAUCCACAUUAGAUUACAAUGUUGGCCCACAGCUCCAUUCAACUCCAUUUUGAAUAAAUUCACUUAAGGGAGGCACUCUCUCAAAGCCACAUGCAUUCAACAUUUUACAAGAAUGAGCCGACCUUAAGUCUGCAUGACCUGCCUUUGCUACGGGUGCUCUGUCGUUUGUGGCAAAAAAAUAAUGCUUCUUUGGAAACCACAAGGUCUACAACAUCAUACCAAACAUAGCUGCAUAAAGAAAACCACAACCUGAGAUGACAGAUAGUGUUGAUGUUAAAAGGACAAACACCUUUUUUUACUAGACUGUCAUGUUUGAUGGCCAGAGGUACAGCAGAUGGUACAGCAAGGGAAUUAUCGACAAAACCACAAUUUUUUGAUAAUAUUGUCUUAAACUUAAAUGAUAAAAGCUGAUUUUUUUUUUUUUUCAAAAAAUGAGCUAAAAUUAUCUUGAAUACUAAUUACACUAAAAUAAACUUAAGUGUGAAAUAUU